CGACGAUGAAGAAGGACGGCUCCUACCGAACCCGUGACCAACUCACUUCCAAAUGGAGCCACAUCAACAAAAAAGUACGAAAAUUUAUGGGAGUAUACGAGGAAUGCUCCCGGUCCCGGAGGAGCGGCAUGAACGACGCCGAUGUUCUCCGGCUUGCCACGACCCGGUAUCAAGAUGACGGGAACCAAGGCAAGGUGCCCAUCGAUCUUUGGGGGAUUUUGAGUCGUUCCCCGAAGUGGCAACAACUCAACAAUCCCGACGGCGUAUCAUUCCGGAAAAGAUCCACCGUCGACGCCGAGGUUGAGGUCGACGAGACCAUCAGUUCUACCGAUCAAAUCCCUUCCUUCAACGUUGCGGUUUCCGAUGACGAGGACCCCAUUCCACGGCCGAUCGGAAGAAAGAAGGCAAAAUCCAUUGCCUCUGGUUCGGGAGGGUCCGCCUCUAUUUCUGCUUCUCCCCGCGACAAAAUCGGCCGGGCAAUGGUUGAACAACUUCGGGCGUUCAAUCUCCAAGAACAAGAGAGGAUGAAGCUUAAAGAGAAGGAGUUGAAGCUAAAGGAGCAGGAGGCCGAGAUGAAAGUCAUGCAAACCGACCCCGCGACGUUGUCGGAGUUUGGACGAAUUAUCUACGAGCAAAGAAUGAGAGAGAUCAAGGAGAAAUAUAAAUUUCCUUAGUUGUUUUAUUAAUGUAUCUUUUUUUUAAAUUAUUGUCGCUUUUUUUAUUUAAUUAAUGUGUUUUUUAUUAUUCGUGUUUCAAUUUAAUUAAAUAAAAAAUUAAAUACAUUUUAUUAAUUUAAUUUUAGAAGAUGUAUAUUUAAAAAUGUAAAAAAUGAAGGUUUGAAGCCCCG